AGUGUAAGAGGUUGUAGCUGGUUGUUGAUGUUGGUGUUGGAUGAAUAAAACUGUAGUAAAGUUGGUGCUCAGACCCCAAACCUUUAUAUGCAAUAUCAUUAGGAAUUACCGAAACAGUCAAUGUUAGGUGUGCAGUAACUGAGGAAAGGUCAAAAGAGGAAACAGGAAUUUAUUCUAUGGUACUGUCCCCAAGGGAACAUUUUUUCAUUUUUAAUGCCUUUCAUUUGAAAGUGGCAUUAUGCCCGCAGCCACUGUGGAUCAUAGCCAAAGAAUAUGUGAGGUUUGGGCUAGUAACCUGGACGAGGAGCUGAGGAAGAUUCGCCAGGUUAUCCGAAAAUACAACUACAUUGCAAUGGAUACAGAGUUUCCAGGUGUAGUUGCAAGACCAAUAGGAGAGUUCCGAAGCAAUGCAGACUACCAGUACCAGCUUCUGCGCUGUAAUGUUGAUCUGUUGAAGAUAAUUCAGCUUGGCCUUACCUUUAUGAAUGAGCAGGGAGAAUACCCACCUGGAACUUCAACAUGGCAGUUUAAUUUCAGAUUCAACCUAACGGAAGAUAUGUAUGCACAGGAUUCCAUUGAGCUACUGACUACAUCAGGUAUCCAGUUUAAAAAGCAUGAAGAGGAGGGAAUUGAGACACUGUAUUUUGCUGAACUUCUAAUGACUUCAGGCAUGGUGCUCUGUGAAGGGGUCAAGUGGCUGUCAUUCCAUAGUGGCUACGACUUUGGAUACCUUAUCAAAAUUUUGUCAAACUCCAAGCUGCCAGAAGAAGAAGUUGACUUCUUUGAAAUUCUUCGUUUAUUUUUUCCCAUUAUCUAUGAUGUUAAAUACCUCAUGAAAAGCUGUAAAAACUUGAAGGGCGGCCUGCAGGAAGUAGCUGAGCAGCUUGAGCUAGAGAGGAUUGGACCUCAGCAUCAGGCAGGAUCAGACUCUCUCCUCACAGGAAUGGCUUUCUUUAAGAUGAGAGAGAUGUUUUUUGAGGAUCAUAUCGAUGAUGCCAAGUACUGUGGUCACUUAUACGGACUGGGUUCUGGCUCAUCCUACGUUCAGAACGGCACCGGCAACGCCUAUGAAGAGGAGGCCAACAAGCAGCAGUCAUGACACAAAAAGAACCCCUUUACUAUAGAGAACGUCAUUUGCAGGGCUUAAAACGUGGGGUUUUUUUUUUUUAGUUUUUCAUAAAAUGUUCAAUAGGAAUUUGCACUUUAAAGCUCUAAUAAGACUCUUGUUUUUAGAUGGAAAGCUAAAACAAACUUUCUCCACUUUGUUGCCUUCUCUGUGUUAACCUUUUGUCACCAAACAUUCCUCUUUUAUCAUAAGAGAAGAAAAAAUUGGGUGUUUUAUUUUUUCCCUGCAAAGUUCAGCCUUAAUAUUAUUAAGCUACAUUUUUAUUAUUUUUAUUAUUAAUUUAUUGCAUUUGUUCUCAUGUUGUGUGGUGCACAGACUAACUCAACCAAAAAAAGUGUAUGCCAGUUCCCUACACGUACAGUUGUUCCUUGAAAACGGAGUACAGUUGUAUUUUGAAACAGAUUGAGAAUCACGGUACUUAACGGCACUAGUCAAGCCUUGCACUGAUUUUACCUUAAUGUUGGGCUUGCACCGGUUUUACCACAGAAUAAUAAGUGUUGCAUAACUGCCAUUGUUUACCCGAGCUGAGGUUACCUCUACUGUAUCAACACUGUCUCAGUUUUAAAAGUGACAUUAAGGUUUUGUAAUGUUUUAGUAGAAAAUUCAAAGCCUUUUAUUAUUUGUCCUUUAAAAAAAGAUCUUAAACUUGAGUACUCAUGUCAGUAGCACUGGUUUAUCAGUCAUGCAUAUAUCAUACCGUUUGGGUUUUGUUUUGGUCUUUAUGACUCUGUUGUGUGGAUCAGUUGCAUGCUCUGAUGACGUUUGAAUCAAUGCUGUGUUGAGUCAUGGUCCCGGCUUUUAGAAGUGUGGACUGUAUGAACACUGCUUCUGUUCUGUUGAAUGUUACCCCUGUAGAAUAAUGAAAACCAUCCACCCUGUUUACUUGCCCCUCUCCACUCCAUCAGUGUGUGAAAUAUUUCUGCUGAGAAUAUGCAAUAUCAAAAGUGACUGUUUUUAGAGCUUUUGUAAAUAAAGGCCUCUGAUUUUCUACCA